CGCGGCUACGCGAUGAACGAGCCCUUCCAGGCCCUGCACAACCUGCCUUCGGCGGACGAGGUGGUGCGGCUGCUCUACAAGCGGGACGCCUUCAAAAAGGCACCGUACGGCGUCAACUCGCUCGCAACUUGGUUCGCAAACGUCGCCAUCCACGACUUUUUCCGCACCGCGACCGGCACAGACGGCGGCACGCACCCGGAGCGAGGCAGCGACAAGGAGUGGGUCAACCUCCACUCCUCGUACCUCGACCUGCAGCCGCUGUACGGCUACUCGAAGACGACGGCCGACGCCACGCGCGAGUGGAGCGGCGGCAAGCUCAAGGCGUUUGCGGAGGACCGGAUGAGGCGGAUCCCCGAGUCGCGAGUCAUCGUCGAGUUGCUGCGGCGCGAGCACAACUACGUGGCGGAGCAGUUGGCGCAGCGCUACCCCGCGCAGUUUGCCACCGACGAGGAGCUCUACCAGCAGGCGCGGCUCAUCAUGGGCGGCGUGUACAUCAACAUCAUCCUCCGCGCCUACGGCUGCCAGAUGUUUGGCGAGAUCGCGCCGGACGGGUCGGGCUUCUGCGAGCUGCGGCAGGGGUACGGCGGCGCCGGGGUGGGCAACAUGUGCACCUUCAACUUCAACCUCAUCUACCGCUUCCACACGUCCAUCCCGGUGGAGUGGUCCGCGACAGACCCGCCGCCGAUCGACACGGACGAGCAGAUGCGCACACUGCUCAACGGCAUCCUCAACUGGGAGUCGGGCGGGUUCGGUCCGAACAACGUGCCCGACUCAAUCCUCGGGGAGCGGGCGCGCGUCUCGCAGCGCGCCAUCGAGGCGGCGCGGUUGAUGGGCGCUCCCACGCUCAACACCUUCCGCCGCCGCUUCACGAGCGGCUACUCCUCCUUCGAGGACAUGACGGGCGGCGACCAGGCCACCGCCGACACGCUGCGGCAGCUCUACCCGGGCGGCAUCGAGGACGUCGAGCUCGUCGUCGGCUGCCAGGUCGAGAAGUGCAUGAGCGGCGGGUGGGCGCUGCCCUCCACCAUCGGGCAGGCGAUCGUCGCGGACGCCUUCGCGUCGAUCCGGCAAGACCGCUUCUACACGCAGGACUGGGGUGCGUCCAGCUACACCGCGUGGGGCUUCGAGCACGCUAAGAGCACGGUGCUCGCCGAUGUCAUCAACCGCCACCUCGGCACCAACUCCUUCUCCGUCAACCGGCUCGUCGGGCUCGAGAAGCUGCCGGACUGGGCGGGACCGCCCGAGUGGUCGCAGGUCGUGAGCUUCAACGAGCGCGGCUUCCCCAUCCUGAAGGAGGACUCGCCGGGAGGGGUGUAGCGGGCAGCGUACAAGCGUAUUCGCGCCGCCCGACCGCCAGCAUGAGAGGUGUGCGCGCGCGGUGAGCUACAAUGUUGCUCGCCGCCGCCGCCGCCGCCCGCGCCGCGGAACCUGCCCGAGUCCGUUCUCGCUUUCCUCGCAUGCCUCCUGGUUAGCUCUGAUGAAGAGGUUUGUUUGGACCCAAUCUGUUGUCGAUACACGAUACGACCCUCCCAC